AUGGUUGAUAAUGGUAAAACGAAAUCAAAAUCAUCAAUAACACCACAGUCUAAUUCAACAACAUUGCCUACUCUAAAAAACGGCCACUUAAUAUCCAAAGAUGAAUCAACAACACCAAUUACAAUUCCUGCUCUUGUUGAAGCUCCAGGAAAAAAACUAGAUUCAUCAUCAUCAUCAUUCACGACCUCGACGGCUUCAACAAUUCCAGAGAAUGGAACUGCUACUCAACAACCAUCAACAGCUGUGUCUGUUGGUAGCACUAGCAGUGACCCUUCUGACACUAACUCAAUCUCCAAAAAGAAGUACAUGACUUGA